AUGUCCUCAGAGGUGUUUUCCGACCCAGCCGAUUCUGGCAUUGCGCGGCUGGGCGGGAGAUGCUGACGGGGGCGCCGCGGAGCCGGAGCCGGCCGGAGCCUCCUCCUGCCGGAACCAAAGCGCGGCGCGGCGGCGGCGCACCGGGGGCUGUCGGUGUGGCACCGCCCGCCGUGUCCCCGGUGCGGCUGCGGCCCCGCCAUGCUCCCGCUGCUGCUGCUCCGGGCUGCCCCCGCCGCCGCCGCCUGCCGCCCCAUCGCCUCCGCAUGGCUGCGGGGCGCCGCGCACCCCGCCUGCCGCCACCGGGCCGCUGCCGCUGCGAGGCCCCAACAGGUUGCAUCUUUUCAAGGAGUGGCUGUUCGCAGCCUCAGCACAUCCUCCCCUCAUGAUCACCCAGAACAUGGAAGAUUAGUUUAUAAAGGAAAUUUGGCAAAGACAGUGUUGGGUGUGAAGUUUUUCUCUUAUUCCACCAGCAUAUUCAACCUGUUCAUGAUGCCCUACAUCAUGCUCAAAAGUGGUAUUGGAGUGGAAAGUUUGCUUGUCCAAGGUGCCUUUUAUGGGUUGAUUGGGAUUUUUACAUUUGUAACUCCGGUUACUUUGCAUCUCCUCACAAAAGGUUACGUGAUCCGGCUCUAUUAUAAAGAUGAAGUGGACACCUAUACAGCCAUUACCUACAAUGCCAUCUUGGCAGAAAAAGCAACUGUUUUCCAUCAGAAGGAUGUAAAGAUUCCAGACAUCUCCAAGAUGUUUACAACAUUUUAUGCUAAAACGAAGUCAAUGCUUGUUAAUCCUACACUUUUCCCAAAUCCUCAGGAUUAUAACCAUCUCAUGGGCUAUGACAAAUCCUCAGUUUUUAAAUUUGAGGAUUUAGAGGCAGUAAAGGAAGCUGAUGAAAGGAAAUAAUUUGAAGAUAAUGUCAGUGUUGUUGUCCAUAAUGCAGUACUAUAUAUAUGAAAGAAUGUAAAAAUCUAUUACACUUUAUUACACUUACUUAAGUAUCGAGUAGCUGGAGUUUUCUGUAUGCAUUUUGGAAUGUAUAAAGAGAGACACUUUUUAAAAAAUAUUGCAAACAAUGUGAGGAUUUCUUUAAUGACACAUAAAAUACAGUAAAAAAAGGAGAUGCUUAGCCCUGUCGUUUGCUUGUUUAUUCUUGGUUUGAUUGUUGGUUUUAGCUCUCCAGAGAACUGUAAAAUGCCUGAGCUGUGUGGCAGUCCCACCACCUCUGUGUCAGAAGACACUAAUUUCCUAUCAAGUAUGUAGUUAAGAUGUUAAGCUUUAAAUAUUAAUUGUACUUAAUCUGAAAAUACCAGGCUUUUUGUUGCUGCUGGUGAUGGGAUAAAGGGAGUGAUCGUGGCUUUGCUUUCCCUUUGUGAGACCAUCGGUAGCCAGGAGGAGUCUCUGGAAAGCAAACAGGUAUUCUUGUGAAUUGCUGCUACAACUCCCUGCCAGAGGAGAGAAGAACAUGGGGAGAAUGGCUGUGUAUAUAUAGAGCAGUAAGUUCUAGCUACUCAAAGGUACUCUGGUAAACUAAAGUCCCACUCCAAGCAACCCUGUCCCCAAAGGUGGAGGGCAAGAAGCUUCUCUUGGGCAUGGGAAAGCACUGUGACAUAAGAUUGGCUCUGUGAGCAUCCCACUGACAAGAGGUACUGUAUUUGAAUCAACAAAGAAAAUUGUAGCAGCUAGUGGUUAAAAUGCAUUCUGUCAGCAUUUAUGUAAGGUGGGGAAGCAAUCGUGCCUUUGAAGAACACACAUCUUGAUUUUCAGAUGACGAAAGCCACCUUUUACUCAACUUGAAAUGGGGAAUCUGGUCUUAGACUGGUUCUUCUCCCUUGAGUGUGUAGAAGUUGGAUUUAAAUUUUUUAGCUGAAGGCACAUAAACUGACAGAUACUUGUUUUCAAAGAACGAAGGGCCUUAAUAUUUUGAGACAUAAAAAUUACUGAAUUGAAAAAAACCCAAAAUUAGAAUUAAUCCUUUUGUAUUAACAGUGCCCUUUGUAAUAAGAAAAUCUGAUACUUGCUACUAGUCAUCCUGAUCCUGCAAAUAAAAAAAUGAUAGCUAACUUUCAAGCUGUUUCCUAAGUUGUAGCUGAAAAACUGUAUUUAAAAGUCUAAAUGUCUUCCAAUGCUAUUAUUUCAAAUUCCUUUUGUAGGAUGACACCACACAUGAUAAUUAACAAGGGUUUUGAAUGUUGCUUUUCUGACUGCCAUCGGUGUACUUGCUUAGUAAUUAAAAAGCAAAUUAUCCCAUCCCAAUAUUUUUGAGGCAGUUUUUUCGGGUUGGCACAACUGUAAUUUUAAAAGGGCGAUAAUGUCUUGUUAAGCCAGUAUCAUUCCAUGGCUAGCAAUAAUAUAUAAAUAAAAUUAUCAUAAAAUUAUAUGGAACAUGUGAGGUUCAAGUUAUUUUGAACAAACAAUUCUGAUCACCUGGUUGUACUACUUGUCCUCAUUGAAAUGAUGUUUUACACUUAUUUAAAAGUAAUCUUUGUCUGAUGCAUUCGCUCACUUCUUUUGGUGCUUGUUGCAUUGAAAGAUGAGGUUGGCUUGAUCUUCCAAUGACAAAUAUGGGGAGAACAGGAAAUAGAGUUUGCUGGAGAAGGUAAAGGAAAGGCCCCAAAAUUUAUAUAUAUGUACUCCAUAAGCAAUAUCAAAAUCCUCAUCUUUUCCUUCUAACUGCAAAAAGUUUUCAUUUCUAAAUUUGAGAUUUGGCCAAUUCAGAAUUAAGCAGCAAGAGUAAGAUAUCUCCAUGCCAGUGGCUAAAUUUCUGUCUAUGGAAGUUAAAUAUUAUUCUGCUCAUGUUCUGGUAGUGAAAAGCUAGUGAAGCUAGCAGGUGGCUUUCUGACACACAGAUGAUUAAAGAUAAUAUUAAAGAAUGCAGAAUUCUACCAGAAGAUAGGUGAUCAUUCUGGCUGGGAUGUAGUCUCAGAAAAAAUGCUUAAUACUUCCAAUGUGCAACUUGAAAAUAAUAGGAUAAUACUUUAAUAUUAGGAAAAAGAAGACCAGACUUACUGAAGAUACUCAAUAUUCUACUUGCUUUUGCUUUGUUUGCUGCUACACUUAGAUUGGAAUUGUAGGACCAUUUAGGUUGGAAAGGACCUCUAAGAUCAUUAACUCCAACCAUUAAGCCAGCACUGCCAGUUCCACCACUAAACCAUGUCCUUAAGUACCACAUUUAUGUAUCUUUUGGAUACCUUCUGGCAUAGUGACUCAACCACUUCCCCAGGGAGCCAUGCCAGUGCUUGACAGCCCUUUCAGUGAAAAAAUCUUUCCUAAUAUCCUGGCUAAACAUCCCCUGGUGCAACUUGAGACUGUUUCCUCUUGUCCUAUAUUGCUUGUUUCUUGGGAGAAGAGACAGAUCCCCACCUUGGUAGAACCUGCUUUCAGGUUGUAGAGACUGAUAAGAUCACUCCUGAGCCUCCUUCUCUCCAGACUGAACAACCCCAGUUCCCCCAGCUGUUUGUUCCUCAUAAGACUUGUGCUCCAGACCCUUCACCAGCUUCACUGCCCUUCUCUAGACACACUCAACACCUCAAUGUCCUUUGUGUUGUGAAGGGCCCAAAAAUGAACACAGAACUUGAGUAUACUUGCACAUAUUUGACUGGUUUAUAUUGUUGAGAGCAGUUAUUCACAUUAGAAUCAAAAUAAAGGAAGGGAAUUGUAAUCCAAAAAGACUUCCAAGAUGUGUUUCUUCUCUGCUCUGGGUUCUGAGCAGUCUGUCUUAAGGUAUUUUUUAGUGCAUUGUCUGCAUUUCCAGGUGGGAAGCUCUGAAAUGCUUUCUGUCUUUCUACAGUAGAAAAUGUGCAUAAAUCAGAACAGGCCCUUUUGUUACUCACAAAUCAUGCAAGGGAAUCAACUGUGGUGUGAGUGUUUCCAUAAACAAAUUACUACCAGGUAAUUCCCAAAGUCUGUUAGCUCCAUGUCUGUUUAACAACCCUAUUAAUUAUGUGAAUGACUAUUUUUUCUAGUGUAUUUUUCUUGAGUUUCACACACUUGGUGAAAACCAGUACUAAGUGCAGAACUAUUACUGCCUGCUAGCAUUUUCAUCCCUGGAAGUUGUUGAUAUUUCUUUGGGUAUAGGUAACUUGUACAUGAUAUGGAAGAAACUAUUUAUGAGAUCUAAAGAAUAUGCUUGUACGUGUGGAGGUUCUGAAGGAAAUACUGAUGUAGGAGCCCAGUUUUCUGAAAUAAAUGAUUUACAAAC